AUGUAUGUGUCUAAAAUUUUCGACUAUGACUAUGGAGUCAAGAACACGUUGAAAGCCAUUGCCAAACGAAUUCGCACUAUAACUCAUUGGCAACAUCCACGAUUUCAUGCCUUCUAUCCUUCUGGACCUUGCUAUUCAAACACACUCGGGAAUUUCAUUACACAUACACUGACCACUAUUGCGAAGUGUGAUGAUACCUCUCCUCCGUUUGAAGAGUUGGACUACAUUGUAACAAACUGGGUAGGCCGUGCGCUGGGUCUUCCGGAGUCUUUUCUUUUCCAGGAUGAUGCUCGCAAUUCCACAGGUGGAGGUACAGUUGUGCGAUCCGCUUCUAAUGCUAUAUUUUAUUUCAUAAUGACAUCUAAGCGAAGAAAAGUGACCCAG